AUGGCGGCUGAUGAGAGAAGUAACAAGUGGGAUGUGAAAAAAAGAAUGAAAAAUAGCUACCCCGAAAUCAAAUAUGUCAUGAGCGAACGGGGAACUCCACAGCUGACGAUCGAUGGAUUUCGGUUCACGAGAAAACGAAGGAGUAAAACAACGAUCCAGUGGGUGUGCAUCCAAAACAAGUGCUUCAAAUGCACGGCCCGAGCUACCACCAACUCCAAGGGAAUGGUAGAACAACUGAGCAAUAACCACAAUCACACGCCGCAGCUGCGGCGUCACUACCUCCAAUCGGGACCGUCGGUUGUCCACUAUCACGUGUCGAAGCGGGGAUCGUUCCAGCUGGAAAUCGACGGCUACCGGUUCACGAGGAUGAAAAUUCUCCAGAGCACCAUCCACUGGAUCUGUCUGCAGACGAAGGCACUGCACUGUAAGGCCCGUGCCGUCACCAACAAUGACCCGGAGGGUACCAUCCGGCGGUGCUACAACUUUCACAACCAUCCGCCCACGAUGCGGCGCCGGCAGCACGGCGAUCUGCAACGGAUCCGGGAGGACCGGAUGAAUGAUCGACGAUGA